AUGGGGGACUCAAACAACGCCGCAGAGGCCGAGCUGGCGCUCAACCGCGUCGACGACAGCAGCCAGAUUGCGCUCGACGAUGCGUUCGACAGGGACAUUGACGUCGCCGAGAUGAUCAACGUCGAUUCGCCCUCGGGGGCGGCUGCAAUGGGGGGCACCGCUCGCAUGCCACGCGCGCCUGCGGGGCCGGACAGGCCGGCGGCGUCCCGCGCUCAGAAGCGGCGCAAGACCCCGUCAGUCCUCCUCCAGCGGGACGUGUUCGCGCGCCACGGCGCCUCGCUCGCGCUCGCGGAGAAGGCCGACGAGUCCCUCGACCGCAUGCUCCUCGUCGUCCGCUUCCUCCUCCAGCUCUGCGCCGACGUCGCCCGCCCCCACCCCUCCGUGGACCACCUCCCGCUCGCCACCAUGGGCACGCACUACGUCGGGCAGCGCCAGCUCGGACCGCACGGCGCCGGCACCGUCCUCCUGCACAUCCAGGAGAUGGCGUUCUACGACGGAGAGGAGGUCGAGCCGUACUGUCGGCGGCCGGAGGGCAGCCUGCGCGCGUUCAUGGACAUCAACGCGCGCCCGCAGGCCAAGGUCAAGGGCGGGCGGCUGCGGCGCUCGGUCGCGAUUCGCGUGCAGCUCCGCGCGCGCUGCAAGGUCACGAUGCCGAGCCACGCCGAAACCUACGUGUUCGAGCUCCCGGACGUGCUGAUCAUGGACCCGAUGGGCACCGCCGCUUCGGCCAUCGAGCUGCAGGGCGACGUCAAGAUCUCCGCCCCCGCAAACGGCCUCUCCUGCACGAUGCAGUUCCGCCCCGGCGCCCGCGUCGACGGCUUCGUCGAGCGCUUGAACGGUCUCGCGACGGAGCGGGUCUGCACGUUGUCGGGCGCGUGGGACGGCGAGGUGCACGCGAGCUCCGCCGUGCUGGGUGCGACGGGCCUCGUGUUUACCGCGGUUGCGCCCGGGCAGCCGCCCGUCCAGCGCUCCGUCGACCUGCGGCGGUUCGGCCCGCGGCAGCUCCCGCGCCUGUGGACGGCGAUCCACGACGCGCUCUACUCGAUGGAGCCGGGCGACGCCUCGGCAGGCGCGCUCCCGCAGCAGGCGCUGCGCGAGGUCCGCGCGGAGCUCUCCGACCUCACGAUUCGCAGUCAGCUCGCGGGGGGGGCACCGGGGCUGCUUGCGGCGCAGGGCGCCGCGGAGGCCGGGAAGCCGGCGGGCGCGGGGCGCGACGUCGACGGCGACUCGGACUCGGACGACUCCGACGACGAGGGCUUGCCGCCGCGGAGCGUCGUGCAGAUGCCGCCGUGUAUUUGGGCGAUGAAGAAGCAGGGCCGCGCGAUGUGGUGGCGGCUGCAGUACAGGCUGCUGGUCGUGCCUGGGAGCGUCACGCAGGGCCCGCUGCCGAUGGUGACGUGCAGCGAGCACUGA